UCAUUGGCUACUAACCAGGAAGUUAUCAGAAUAAAUGUAGGGGCGGGAAACGUGUUUAGAAAUUGAGUAAACAUUGGUGUCGUUUUAUUUUGGAGCUGAACAAGCCUAUUUGGGUUUGUUUGCUUCCGCGGCGCUUCAUCAUGUGUGAGAAGAUUAAGAAGGUGAACAGCUGGCUCAGCGCAGUGUUUGCAGAUCAGCCGGUGCCGCAGUUUGAAGUCAACAUGAGGACCGUGGAUGUUCUGUAUCAGAUAGCUCAGAGCAGCGAAGCCCGCUGCAGAGACACCGCUCUCUUGAUUGAGGACAUCAAACAGAAAACCUCCGAGUAUCGGGCAGAGGGUGCUCAUCUACAGGAUGUUCUUGUACAGGGUGUGGGUCUGUCCUGUGCAAGCUUAUCAAAGCCUGCUGCCGACUACCUGUCUGCAUUAGUGGACAAUGCAAUGGUGCUCGGCGUGCGUGAAACAUCACUGGGCUGUUUUAUGCCAGCAGUGAAUAGCCUCACCAACGAACUUCUGGAAGCUGAGAAGUCCAACAGAAAACUAGAGCGUGAACUCCGAGCCCUCAGGAAGAGACUCGGUGCUACUCUUGUGCUGCGGAGCAACUUACAAGAGGACAUUAACAAAACUGUGAAAUGUCAGGCAGUGGAAAGUGCUAAAGCGGAGGAGAGGCUACUCAACAUGGAUUUUGUGAAGGCAAAGGCAAAAGAGCUGAGAGUCCGACGAGAGAGAGCAGAAGCUCAACUUGUAGCCAGGAACAUGGAUAAGUCUAUCACCCACCAGGCUGUUGUGCAGCUCUCUAAGGACGUCAACGCGCUGAAACAAGAAAUAAUCCCCUUGAAAAAGAAACUGGAGCCCUACAUGGACCUAAGCCCAAGUCCAUCACUGGCUCAGGUGAAAAUAGAAGAAGCAAAAAGGGAAUUGGCUGCACUUGAUUCUAAAUUGGAGAUGAAUGUGGAUUUCAAGUGAACAAUGUUUCCCAUAACUGUACUGCAUUUUUGCAGUAAUUGAAAAUUCCAUAAGUAAUUAUAUAUUUUUAUUGUGUAAUAAUAGUGCCUGCAGACUGAUAGAAAAAAAAUACCAAUUAAUUCUUUUCUGCUGUGUUUACAUUUCCAAGCAUCUCAAAUGAGUCACUUGACCGUCAGGAGAAAACAUAAACCAACUUUUUUUUAUCUACUUGUUUUCCUGUUUGUUACAAAACAUCAUUCCCAUUAAUCACAUCUUGUUUACUUGUUGUAAUCUCACUGAUGGAUUGGUGAUUGAUUCUAAUUUGAGUUUUUCAGACUAUCGUGAGGCGUUUUAAUAGAUCAAAGCAUCCACCACUCAAACACAGGCAGAACUUUGUUAUUCAAUAAAAAUCUUUUAAAGUAGUGAAAA